UCCGGUGGCUAGCUUGGCAGCGGGGGCCGCCGGGUCGGACACAAACAGAAGGUUAGACGGGUGGAAGACAACGACUCUUGCGCGACGGCGAGGACUUUUUGGUGCUGUCAGCGCGGAAAGUCCGUGUUUGUGUUAUGUGAAGUGGACACUGGCUUCGUCGGGACCGUGACUGAGCACCAUGGCUGCCGCUCCUCCACUCAGGCGGACAGACUCAGCUCGGGGGGAGUUCUCUCCUCUAAAGCAUUUUGUUGUAGCCAAGAAGAAGAUCAGCGACGUGUUUGAGCUCCUGCUCAACUACGUGAAGGAGACCUCAGAUUUCGUCGAAGACAUCAGUGGGAACAGAGGUCUGGAGAGCAUCACCACCGCAGACCAGAAGGUGGAGAUUCAGGCCUACGCCGACAAGCUGGCGGUCAUCAGGGACGUGCUGGCCCGCAGACACAUGAAGGUGGCGUUUUUUGGCAGGACCAGCAAUGGUAAAAGCACAGUGAUUAACGCCAUGCUGAGGGAUCGCGUCCUGCCCAGCGGCAUCGGCCACACCACCAACUGCUUCCUGAGUGUGGAGGGCACAGACGAAGACAAGGCCUACCUUAAAACCGAGGGCUCUGACGAGGAGAAGAGCAUCAAAACUGUAAACCAGCUGGCUCACGCGCUUCACAUGGAUGAAAGCCUGGACGCUGGCUGCCUCGUGCGGGUGUUCUGGCCAAAGACCAAAUGUGCUCUGCUCAGGGACGACCUGGUCCUCGUGGACAGCCCAGGGACAGAUGUCACAACACAGCUGGACAGCUGGAUUGACAAGUUUUGCCUGGAUGCCGACGUCUUCGUGCUGGUGGCAAACUCAGAGUCCACGCUUAUGAACACGGAAAAACACUUUUUCCACAAAGUGAACGAGCGCCUCUCAAAGCCAAACAUCUUCAUCCUUAACAAUCGCUGGGACGCUUCGGCUAAUGAGCCGGAGUACAUGGAGGACGUGAGGAAGCAGCACACGGAUCGCUGUGUGAACUUUCUGGUGGAGGAGCUAAAAGUUCUCGAUCGCGCUCAGGCGCCCAACCACAUUUUCUUUGUGUCGGCAAAAGAGGUGCUCAACUCCCGAAUGCAGCGUGCACAGGGCAUGCCUGAGACGGGUGGCGCUCUGGCUGAAGGUUUUCAGGAGAGACUGAAGGAGUUCCAGAGUUUUGAGAGGAGGUUUGAGGAGUGUAUCUCGCAGUCAGCAGUGAAAACAAAGUUUGAGCAGCACACGAUCAGGGCCAAGCAGAUCACAGAAAAGGUCAAGACCAUCAUGGACACCAUCAACAUUGAGGCGGCGGAGAAGCGAGUGGCGGCGAUGGAGGACAGAGAUUACCAGAUAGACCGGCUGGAGUUUGUCAAGAAUCAGCUCAACUUACUGAUCGCAGAAAUAAAAAAGAAGAUCAAAGCUAUCAGUGAUGAGGUGGAGUCCAAGGUGUCCAUCGCUAUGGGGGAGGAGAUCAACCGCCUUCAUGUGAUUGUCGACGAGUUUCACGCUGAUUUCCAUCCUUCACCUCAAGUCCUCAAAGUCUACAAAUCUGAGCUGCUGGCACAUGUGGAGGAGGGGAUGGGGAAGAACCUGGCUUUCCGCUGCUCCAAUGCCAUCAACGCCUCUGUCCAGUCUUCCCAGCAGUACAUGAUAGAGAGCAUGGUGCCUCUGCUUCCCUCUACGGCCCAGAGCCAGGUCCACAUGCUGGUGCCCAACAGGACGUUCGACCUGAGCUACGACCUGAACUGCGCCGCCAUCUGCAGCGACUUCCAGGAAAACAUCGAGUUCCAGUUCUCGCUGGGCUGGAAGGCUUUGGUGCACCGCUACCUGGGUUCUGUCAACGCGCAGAAAGCUCUCAGACUGGUCGAUCCCAACUACCAGGUACCUGCUGAGAACUCGAGAUCAGCUGUGCCCGUAGCCCAAACCCCUUCGUCCGGUCCCCCGUCCAUCGCUGCGGCGCCCAGCAACGACACGGCCCUCAUGACCCAGGAAGACCUGAUGAUAGCCAUGGCGACCAACUUUGCAUCCAUCACUUCCCGCACCUCCAUGACCGUCAUCGUUGUUGGAGGGGUGGUGUGGAAAACGGUCGGCUGGAGACUCAUCGCCAUGUCGGCCUCGCUCUACGGCCUGCUGUACCUGUACGAGAGACUCACCUGGACCACAAGGGCCAAGGAGCGCACUCUGAAGCGGCAGUUUGUGGAGUUCGCCAGCGACAAGCUGCAGCUCAUCGUCAGCUUUACUAGCGCAAACUGCAGCCACCAGGUCCAACAGGAGAUGGCCACCACAUUCGCCCGGCUCUGUCAGCAGGUGGAUCAGACGCAGAAGGACCUCGAGGAGAACAUCCGUCAGCUGACGGCCAACAUAGACGAGCUGGACACGGUCCAGAGCCGCUCAAAGGUCCUGCGGCAUAAAGCCACAGAGCUGGAGAAGCAACUGGAGGAAUUUACGAGCCAGUACCUGCGGCCUCAGCAGUGAAGGCGCUCCUCUUCGUCGCUAUCACGGAGUCGUCCUGCUGCACAAUGCCCACCGCUGAAGCUGCCGCUGGAAACUCUUGAGAGUCAACUACUCCUAAACGUGGAAAUCUGUCUGCGUACGUCGCCAGGGACGAGUUAAUCCAUUGUUGAACAAACGCACCCAAUAUGUUUUUCAAAGAUGAAGACUUUUUAUUUGUUUGUGGAAGAUUUGUUGUUGUUGUUCAGAAAAUCUUUGCUAAUUUUGUAGAUUUCACACUCAAAAAAAAUAAUUUAAGUAUUUUUCUGGUUCUUAGAGCACCAGGCGCUCCCAAAAAGAGUUUGAAUGAAUAAAGAGAAAAUGAGCCAAAUUUGGACUGUGGUUAGUCAAGCUACUCGCCACCAGGGGGCAGCAUGUGUUGGCCAACAUGCAGCCUGGUGGACGCUGUAUUUUUGACACUAACCUGCUGUGACUUUAAUUAUGAAAAUGCCUUUUUUUUUUAUUCUAUUUGUGAAGGAAAAUGAAGUCUCUCGCAGUCAUGGUUCUGAGGGAAAAAAAAUAAUACAAGUAAAGUGAAAACACAACUGUAAGCAAAUGGUUAAAUAUAGCCAGUGGAGUCGUGCGAGUAGGGAGGAAAGCAUGCACUGUAGUUUCAUUUCUAUUUUUUAACAAUCCAAACUGUAUAGUUCAAAGACUUUAAUACUCAUAUAUUUUAUAAUCUAUUUUAUUUAUACAUAGUUCAAUGGGCUGGCAGUUCUACAUCACUGCAUUUUUGUAAACUUCUGUUUUUCCUCCUCAAACGUGUGUUAAAAUACUUUUGAGAUUUGCCAGAUUGCAUUAAACCUGAAAUUACCUAAACCUUCACAGCCUGUUUUUGUUCACGUUUAUUUACGUUUUCAACAACACUGCAGCAUUUUUACACUCUAUGAAUAGUUUUGAUGCGUUUAAAUGAUCCAAGAUCAGGGUUGCAGCGCAUCCCAAUUCUUUCAUUCUUCAGUUUCAGGAAUAUUUAGCAUUGUGGUUUAUAUUUCAAAGGGAAAAGACUGCGUAAAAUAAUAUGGGUUGUUUCACACAUAAGUGGCUGUUUUCUCAAGCUCCCUACAAAGUGUGCUGUUGAAAAGUAGAACAUCGUCUAUAGUGGCUGUUACCAUGAUCCUGACCCAGUGGUUUUAACCUCACCUGGCCCAAAAAUACCACUGGACUCAAGAAUUGGGUCCUGCAGACGGCAGUUUCUGAGGUUCUGAAAAACCUCCCUUCUGUAUUGGAUCUCCUGCAUGGCGGACAAGAUGACCCUGCAGAAGAAAGGGAGGGGAGCUGCAUUCCCACCAGGAUCUACUUCAGGCUGGCAGCAGGAACAACGCUCUGAACAUGAUCUCAGACUCUUGUUCACUCUUUUUGUACAAAAGGAGAACCAAUAGGUGCCAUUUUCUACCUCGAGCUGUUAGUAAGCAGGGCUGCGCUCGAUGAUGCCCUUAUUUCAUGUUUUAUCCAAUACUUUUUACACUAGUCGUCAAUGAUCCUGAGUAAAGCUGUAUUGCUUGUCGCAUGUUAUUUGCUUCACAUUGAAAUGAGAAUAAACUGAUUUGACCUUU